CCGGUCGGAAACGCCCACCAACCUUUGACAGUCCCCGCCUCCACCCCACUCCUGACUUGGUCUCAGCCAACAGCGAAAGUGGCACCACGCGUGAGGAUGGGACCUGCAGCACACGGAGAUCUCCUAUUGGUUGGGAGGCACCUUUCCCGCUUCUCCAUUGGCCUGCUCCUUUGGGCGGGGGAACCGUGAGGGGAUGGGCCCGAACUAGGGACGUUUUCAACGGUCAGCCUAGCGAGAUCGGGAGCCUGUGGGAAACGGCUGCUGGCUGCUGCGAUCACGCGGCUUCGGUUAUUCUGUUCCUUUUUUCUCCUUCCUGUUGGUCCACACGUGGCUGUCAGCCCACAGAGACAUGGCCACCAACGCAGGCCCCUUGCACCCAUAUUGGCCUCGGCACCUGAGGCUGGACAACUUUGUGCCUAAUGACAUCCCCACCUGGCAUAUCCUGGCUGGCCUAUUCUCCAUCUCUGGGGUCAUAGUUGUGACCACAUGGCUGUUGUCAGGUCGUGCUGCAGUUGUCCCACUGGGGACUUGGCGGCGACUAUCCUUGUGCUGGUUUGCAGUGUGUGCAUUCAUUCAUCUGGUGAUUGAGGGCUGGUUCGUUCUCUACCACGAGGUCCUUCUUGGAGAUCAAGUCUUCUUGUCUCAACUCUGGAAAGAGUAUUCCAAGGGAGACAGCCGAUACAUCAUUAAUGACAACUUCACUAUCUGUAUGGAAACCAUCACAGCUUGCCUGUGGGGACCACUCAGCCUAUGGGUGGUGAUUGCCUUUCUCCGCCAGCAACCCCUCCGCUUUGUUCUACAGUUCUUGGUCUCUGUGGGCCAGCUCUACGGAGAUGUACUAUACUUCCUGACAGAGUACCGUGAUGGAUUUCAGCAUGGGGAAUUUGGCCACCCACUCUAUUUCUGGUUUUACUUCGUCUUCAUGAAUGCCCUGUGGCUAGUGCUACCUGCAGUCUUCGUGCUGGAUUCCGUGAAGCAGCUCACUCGUGCCCAGAGAACACUGGACAGCAAAGGCACAAAAGCCAAGAGCAAGCAGAACUAACAAGCAGUGGACUAGCCUGGAACACUGACUGAUGAUGUGUUCCUUCCAGAAGAGUCCAAUCCUGCUCCCACAGGUUGGAGGGGCCAAAGCUUAUUGAUUUGUGACACUCAGACUGAUGGGUGGCCACAAAAAGGGUCAGAUAUGAGAAAGAUAGGGAUUGUAUAGCACUACUGCCAGGAGACAUUGGGAACAAGACAUAAGGCAAGGAACAAGACAUAAGCCAUGAUGGUGGCAAUUUUUAAAAUCAGAAAAUAAAAUAUCAUAACUUGAA